CUAAAACCCUAGUGUACCACUCCACGAAUGGUUGCCGCCCACCUCCGCGCACCACCAUGCUGCUCCGCCGCCUCCUCCACCCCUCCCACCACCUCCGGCGCGGCCUCCAGACCCUAACCACGACCACCAACGCCGCCGCUGCCCCCCCGACACCGCAUCCUCUCUCCGCCCCUCUCCCAUUUCGCCGCCUCCCCGCCCGCCUCCUCUCGCCGCGGCUGCUCUCCACCUCCGGCGGCGACGACGACACCCGAAGACCCUGGGCCUUCACGCAGGACUCCGGAGAUCCGGACCCCUUCGCCGAUGUGGACCCCGCCGCCGCCGUCCCCGGCGAAGCGCCGCUAGGAUCGAGCGCCGUCGUCGAGGGCCCGUGGUCGAAGGACUUCCGCGCGGAGGACAGCGACAAGGCCGACGUGUUCGAGGAGAUCUACAAGGAUGCGGCCGCGGCAGCGCCUGCCGUGAGGAAGGCGGCCCCGGCCGAGCCGUGGACGUGGGAUUUGGAGGGUGAGAAAGACGACCCGUUCGCCGCGAGAAAGGAUGCGGCCGCGGCAGCGCCUACCGCGAGAAAGGCGGCCCCGGCCGAGCCGUGGACGUGGGAUUUGGAGGACGAGAAAGACGAUCCCUUCGCCGCGGCUGUGCUUGAUGUGGGGCUAGAGGGGAUCGCGGAUGAGGGUGCUCAGAUCGAGGAGCUUGUUGAUAGGAAAGAAGAAGAUGCGGAGCGCCAGCGGCAGGAGGACAAGGCGAGGGAGCAGCAGCUGAUGGAGACUCUCAAAGGUCCUGAUCGUGCAUUUGGGGAUCUAAUUUCUGCCUCUGGGAUUACGGAGGAGAUGAUUGACAGUUUGAUCCUCUUGAAGGAUGCCAGGGGAAUACCAGGAUUGCCUCCUCUGAGUGAAAUACAAGAUAGAGCUAUCCAGAAAAUGAAUGCAACAUCAAGCAGGGCAGAAGUAGAACGCCAAAUGCAAGAGGAAAUUGCCAAGGCACGUGUGAGACAAGUUGAUGAGAAAGGAAGGGCUUAUGGUACAGGUAAAAGGAAGUGCAGCAUUGCCCGUGUUUGGAUUCAGCCUGGUGAUGGCAAGUUUGUUGUCAAUGACAAGCAGUUUGAUGCUUACUUCCCAAUUCUGGAUCAUCGAGCUGAUCUUCUCCGGCCAUUUACUGUGACCAAGACGUUGGGGCUUUGGGAUGUAGCUUGUACUGUGAAAGGUGGUGGUGUUUCAGGUCAAGUUGGAGCUGUGCGCCUAGGGAUCAGCAGAGCCUUACAGAAUUGGGAACCAGGACUACGCCCAUAUCUCAAAGCAGCUGGAUAUUUAACCAGAGAUUCGCGUGUGGUCGAAAGGAAGAAGCCUGGAAAGGCAAAGGCAAGGAAGAGCUUCCAAUGGGUCAAGCGUUAACAGGUCUACGUGCAAAAUUAGCGUGCCUCUGGUGGCAGGUCCUCUGCUCUUUGUUGUGGAUUUUGUAGCGAGCACAGAUCUGUAUUUGCACUGGAUGUGCUGUCACUUCGGCGGAAGGCCCUUCCAAGCUUUGUACUCGGAUAUUCCAGUUUGCAUCGGUCAUGGAGUUCCUGAGACACCAAAAAUUAUGUUUUUUUUUAAUGCUGUUGAUCAGGAAAAAUGUCAUUUUGACCCAAGAUGCAGAAGAUACUUAGUCAUGAGCUGUUGCCUCCGAAUAAAACCGGGCUGCCAACAAUGUUCAGCUUACAAUGUUCCUUUUCUCCUUUCAGUUUCUUAUAGUGGGAUGACAUGGCUGUAUGUCAAAUUAACGCAGCCGUUUUAUUGAUAGCUAGUUCCAUGCUGUA